GGCCCAAUGGUGUGGAACGAAUCUCUAGCGACCUAUGCACAGAGCUACGCAUACGAACGAGCCAGAGACUGCGCCAUGAAGCAUUCCUCAGGACCUUACGGUGAGAAUCUUGCAGCUGGUUGGGGAACGAUGAGCGGUCCGGUCGCAACAGAGUAUUGGAUGACUGAGAAGGAAAAUUACGAGUAUGCCACUAACACAUGUGGCGGUGAUGGUGUGUGUGGACACUACACUCAAAUCGUGUGGCGUGACUCGGUCCGACUUGGUUGUGGCUCGGUGAGGUGUAAGAAUGAUGAGUAUAUUUGGGUGAUUUGUAGCUAUGAUCUUCCGGGCAAUUAUAUCGGUCAACGUCCUUAUUAAUGAUUCUGGUUUCAUAACGAAUUAAAAAGAUACUAUGUGGUAACUUUGUUUCUUAAAGAAAAUUAAUAGGAUGAUCUUUUUCUUCUUUAUAACACUUUGAUUUGCAAAAUGCCACAAGUUUUGGAAAUGCAUAAUUUCCAAAAUUAAUAGAAUGAUAAUUUGUGUAUUCCAGUUUACUACCAUCUACUGAAAUGCAUCAGUUACUCGU